UACGACUCGUAUUAUUGGGAUUACGAUUUUUGGAUUGUCCGCGAAGGCACCGGGAUGCAUUUUAACGGAUCAUGUGAUCAACCGGAUAGACAUAAGACAAGGAGCCGUUGUCGCCGGCUAUCAGCUGUCUCUUUCACCCUAAAGACACGAGAGUUGAAGAGCCGAAAUGUGCACCAGCGUCCAGCCUGUUGAAUGGACCAGCGACCUCAAAAACCAAAAUUUUGAUGGCAUCGUGUUGGUGACCCAGAGCGCCGACACACUGCCGCCCGAGCUUGAGUGUCUGAAAGCACCGCUGCAGGACUACAGCUCGGUGGACAGUGGUUUGGGGGAGGAGGUGGUCAUCCUAAAGGUGCCUGGUCUCCCUGGUAACCGCCUGGUCUUUGCCUCCACUGGCCCGGUGAACCGUGACUAUGACGACGUUCGGCGCUUCAGUGAUGCAGCCGGCAACGGCAUCAAAAGGGCCUUGAAGGCUGGCAUACAGCGCCCCCUGCUGGUCUGCCCCCCACACAAGGAAUACAAGAACAGCAGCGUGGUGGCUGCGCUCGGGGCACUUCAAGCUCUCUACAUGCCCCUGGAAGUGAGGGAGUGGAAUGUGAAAGCGAGCAACUUCAAGGUGUGUGUCCUGGGUCUGUGGGCGGCACAGGAGGCUCAGGGGCGGAAGCUGGUGGAGUUGGCUGAUGCCCUGGAGAGUGGCAGACUGGCCUGUCGGGACAUCGGCGGCUCUGACCCUGAACGUAUGGCUGCUCCUCGAGUGGCUGAAUAUGUCCAGGAACUCUUCAAGGACAGCCCUGUGAAGGUGGAAGUGGUGAGCUGCGUGAAGGUCCUGGAGAAGGAGUAUCCCUGUCUGGCUGCAGUCAACCGCUGUGCCGACAGUGUCCCUCGUCACCAGGGCAGAGUGAUCAAGCUGCAGUACUGCGGAGAGGGGCCCGUCCAGACAACGCUCAUGUUGGUGGGAAAGGGUAUCACCUACGACACAGGCGGAGCCGACAUCAAGGCCGGUGGCUUCAUGGCCGGGAUGCACAGGGACAAGUGUGGAGCUGCUGCUGUGGCUGGCUUCUUCCAGAUUUUAGCCAAGCUGAAGCCAAAACAUCUGAAUGUCAUCGGCUCCAUGGCAAUGGUGAGGAACAGUGUCGGUGCAGACUGCUAUGUGGCCGAUGAGCUGGUGGUCUCCCGUGCUGGUCGCAGAGUGCGAGUGGGAAACACUGAUGCUGAGGGACGCAUGGUGAUGGUGGACCUGCUCUGUGAGAUGAAGGAGAAGGCAGUUAAGGAGAAGUCUCCCCAGCUUUUUACCAUCGCUACUCUCACCGGUCACGCCAUCAGAGCAAUGGGACCCGAUUACUCUAUCAUCAUGGAUAACGGGGCAGCCCAUCGCAACCAAAACGCUGCUCAUUGGCAGAAGGCUGGAGAGGCACUUGGCGACGUGUUCGAGGUGUCCACCAUCAGACGAGAGGACUACGCGUUCCAUAAGGGAAAGUCCGAGUACGAGGAUAUUCUGCAGUGCAACAACCUGCCAUCCUCUGCUACACCUCGCGGCCAUCAGACCCCUGCAGCUUUCCUUAUCAUGGCCUCUGGGCUCGACAAGCACGGUGUGGACUCUAAGGCACCUCUGCCGUACUCCCACGUUGACAUCGCUGGGUCCAGCGGCCCUUUCCCUGGGGUCCCGACAGGAUCCCCCAUCCUUGCCAUGGCUACCCACUACAUCCUGUCUGAUAGUCUCUAAACGGAAACACCAGGAACAUAAUGACCACUUCUUCUGCACUCAAUGCUAUCAAACCCUAACCCUGCCACAAAACAUAUUGCAAAUAGUGCAAUGUUUCCUGAUUGACAUUCCUUAAUACCUCUGGUAACUUUUUUCUGCAAGAAAGUUCCUCCUUCCCUUUUCUAAGAUCUUGUGAAGUUUGUCCUGCUUACACAAAGUCUCAAUGACCUUGCUCUUAAGUGGCCUAAAUCACAUUGCAUUUAUAUACUCAGGGGUUAAAUGGCAGUAUAAAAAUACCAUCCUUUUUAUGUGAGUCUGUAUGUGUAUGACAAAUGGGGUUGUGUGAUAAGGAAUGCUGUGUGUCAAUCAAACCAAGCACUUCUAAAUGAUUAAUAAAACAUUUGAAAUUAAAA